ACAACGUUACUUUCUAAACAAAGAAGAUAAGCGACAGCAACAGCAACAGGAUGCCACGCUUUAGUUUUAGCUCGUAUGUCACCAAAAAAGUAUUAACUGGCGUAAGUUCUAUAAAUAAAGAAGAUUUAGAACUGAAAGAUGCCUUCAAGAAGCAAGAACUCGAAGACAGUCAACUUAUUCUUUCCAUUGCGUCUACUAGCAUCGACAAGCAACAGUCGCUUUCGGAAACAUGCGAUUUCAAAGAUUUUGACAAUGUAUCAGAUGAUAUAAGUUUAUUGAAAUUCAAAGGACUCGAUGAAAAGGAAAACACAGAUCAACUUUCUAUAGAACAAUCUGAACAUGUUGAAAGUGAAGCAGAUAGCACCAUUUUUGGACCGGAAUCAAGCUGUGUAGAUGAUAACAUUGAUGGGUUGUCGGACCAACAUGCAUGUCCAUUCUUAUUCAACGGAUCUGAACACUCUAUAGAAUGCAACCAAUCGGCAGUAAAUCCUCCAAGUCAAACAGAAAAAUUGGAAAGUCGAAACAAUUUAGAAGAAGCAGAACAGACACGUACACUUAAGAUGUAUAUUGUUGAUAAAACAGAAAGUAAAGAGCUAGUUCCUGCAACUCAAUCUACUGUUCCCAAUUUGAACGAGUUAACCAAGCAUGCAACAGCUGUAAUGUUUACCGAUGAGGACAACUUUAUUCACCCAGUAAGAAAUACCAAAGAUAUCAACAAUCUUAUUCCUGCUCUUAAAGGAGAGUCAAUAUCUCCUUUCCCACAAGAAGUAGAAGAUUCAUUAAAGCGUAUUCAAAAAAUACCAAUGUACCAAGUAACACAUUUUGCGCAUCUUGGAGACUACAUGCGUCAUCUUCAGGCAAAUGAAAGGAUAUGUGAUGUAUUGGUCUUCAUCGGCACUAAUAAGUAUUCAGCUCAUCGCAUAUCUUUGGCAUGUUUCAGCGACUUUUUCGCCGAUAUGUUUUAUACAAGAGGCGAAAAACAGCGUGUUCCACUUACUAUUAGACUAAAAGGUAUCAAACCAAAAGCAUUUGAACUUUUACUCAAUUUCAUUUACACUGGAAUGUUAAAUGUCACACCAGAGGUCAUUGGUGAUUUGAUGACAAUGGCAAAAAAUCUCGGAAUUUCUAUGAUAAAAAACCGUAUAAUUGAAUUUCUGGAAUGUCUACCAUUAGCCCAAGCACUCAGCAUCAUCAUAAAGCAUAAAGUACUGUUUGGAAUGCUGUAUGAUAGAGCAAUCAAGGCUGUCUGUGAUAAUUUUAUUACGUUCAGACACGAAGAAGUAGUUCAAGAAGUAGAUAUUGAAACAUUAAUAGUCAUUCUGAGCAGUGAUAAUCUUAAAAUUGACACAGAACUAGAAGUGUUUAGAACUGCAGUACGCUGGAUGGCCCACGAUACGGAGGCGAGAAGGAAGGAACUUAUGAGGUUGAUGCAGUGUGUACGUUUUGGUAACAUGACCCAAUUAGAGCUGGCACAGUGUAACGAAUUCACCGAUCUGUUGAAAGACAGCAAAAUGUGUAAACAAAUCUUAUUGGAAGCCAACUGGAUCGUUACAGUCAAAAUGCUACAUAAAGAUGACCCAUUUCACCUUACUACCCAGAAACAACGUACGCCAUUACAGAACUAGCAGUGAAGUGUUUAGAUUCUUCAACAGGGAUGGAUAUUAUAAAAUAAAUUGAAGGCACUUGAAAUAUUCUAAAGCUAAUGGACGCAUAAAUUUUGCUUAAACAUUAUUAUAUACAGAUAUUUAAAACAAUACCAAUGUUCAUUACCAAAUCAAAAAUAACAAAAUAGACCAGAAAAUGAAACCAGAAGCAUCCAUGCACUACUGAAUCAAACAAUGUUCUACAUAUUCGCAACAAUAAAAUUGUUAGAACCAUGCAA